GUUGAGUUUUCUGCGACUGAAAAUUUGUUUUACACUCUUUGAAUGGAAACUGCCAACUCAAUUUGAAUAUAAACUGCAAUUUGAGACAUGCAAUUGAAAAUUCCGAAUUGAGAUUGUGUACCUUAAUAGUGUUACUAUAGUAUCUUGAAAGAAAAUAUACGUUUUUCUGUGGCCAUAUAUAUUCGAGUGCAUUAUUUAAAUUUUAUAUUUAUCUGUUAUAUAAAGGAAGACUUGAGGAGCAACUAAACACACCACGAGAGUCACGAGAAGCAUAUACAUUCGUACAAACUACAAACUAACUAGAGAGAAAGAAAGGAUGACACAAACUUUUAGAAACAAACCUGCUGCACAUAUUCACAAGGAUAUAAUGGAGAGUCAAGAAGGAAACAACAUGGCAAUGACUUUCAUUCCUGAUGCAGAAUUGUUGCCAACGGUUGUAGUCAAUGCCAAACUCUCAAGAGAAGAGAAACAUGAUGAAGAGAACAUUAUUGGACUUACAAACCUUGAUGUCACGAAGUCCAUAGGUGAAACAGAUGCCAAUUUGGAUGCAAUAAUUGCUCACUAUGCUCAGACUAUAACCAAGUACAACAUGCGUAACUUAGGCUAUCCCACAAAUCAAGACUUCAACUAUGAAGCAUUAGCACCAUUGCUUCAAUUUCACUUGAAUAAUGCUGGAGAUCCAUUUCUUGGAAGCAGCUUCUCUCUUAAUUCAAUGGCAUUUGAAGUUAGCGUGCUUGAUUGGUUUGCUAAGUUAUGGGAAAUAGAGAAGAAUGAGUACUGGGGAUACGUCACAACUGGUGGAACGGAAGGGAAUCUUCAUGGAAUUUUAGCAGGAAGAGAACAAUUACCAGAUGGAAUUCUAUAUACCUCGCAAGAUUCACAUUAUUCAAUAGCGAAAAUAGCAAAAAUGUAUCGAAUGAAGUGUGUGAAGGUUGACUCUUUGUUAUCAGGUGAAAUUGAUUGUGUUCAACUAGAGGCUUCUCUACUUGCCCACAAGGAUAAACCAGCCAUCAUCAAUCUUAACAUAGGGACAACUUUGAAAGGAGGUAUUGAUGAUCUUGAUCUUGUAAUACAAACACUAAAUAAAUGUGGUUUUACUCGUGAUCGAUUCUACAUUCACUGUGAUGGAGCUCUAUUUGGAAUUAUGUUGCCUUUUAUAAAACAAGCUCCAAGGAUUAGCUUCAAGAAACCCAUCGACAGUGUAACAAUUUCAGGCCAUAAGUUUUUGGGAUGCCCAUCACCUUGUGGUGUUUUGAUAACUCGUUUGAAAUACAUGAAUGCACUAUCUAGAGAUGUUGACAUCAUUGCUUCAAGGGAUGCCACAAUCACAGGUAGCCGUUGUGGGCAUGCUCCCAUCUUCCUUUGGUAUGCUCUCAAAAAAAGGGGUUUAAUAGGACUUGAAAAUGAGGUGCAUGAAUGUAUAAUGAAAGCACAUUAUUUACUAAAUCUACUACGUGAUGCUGGAAUUGGUGCUAUGUUAAACAAAUUUAGCAACAUAGUUGUGUUUGAGAGACCCCUGGAUGAUCACUUUACUCGUAGAUGGAAUUUGGCAAGCAACAAAAAUACUGCACAUGUGGUAGUGUUGAAGCACGUUACUGUUGAAAUGCUCGACUCAUUUGUCCGUGAAUUUACUGAAAAACAAUCCAUUUGGUAUAAAGAUGAACAAUUUCAGCCUCCAUGCAUUGCGAACGACGUUGGUUCUAGAAAUUGUGCUUGUUCCAUACACAACUUAUCGAGAAAUUGUUAGCUAAAAUUUAAGUGAUGACAUUCAUUCAAUAACUGGCUCAAUUAGAAAAAAGUGUAUGUCUAUUUAUGUGGAUUUGUGGGAGAGGCACAAUGAAUGUACUCUCUCAAACUUGUUCCAGACUUUGGCUUCGGACCUUAUCGAGGGUAGGAUGUGAAGAUGGUUUGUGACUAUAGUCCAAGGCAUGCAUAUUUAACUCUUCUGUGAAUGAUUUACGAAUCCUUCUCAUUGUAUUCUUAGAGCUGUUGCUCUUAUUUUCCACAUGUUACUAUGUAUAUGUGUUUUAUUUUCUCCUUA